AUGAAAAUCAAUGAUGAUCUUUAAAAGGAAUUAAGCUUACAAAAUUUGAGAUCUUUAUAAGAAAAUUAGGAGGAUACUGUUUCAUCUGAAAAUUAAAAAGCUUCCUUUCUUAAAUGCAUAGUCCUUAUACUAGGUACUGCUUUAAUGUUUGGAAACAAUUACUCUUUUGAUAAUCCUCAGGCUUUGUAGAGUUAAUUGAUUGAACAAUUAGACAUUACCAUCUCAUAAUUUAAUUUACUGUAUUCAGGGUUUGCAUUCCCUAAUAUCUUCUUAACUUUGGUUGGGGGAGUCAUCACUAACAUAUUAGGUAUGAUUUACAAAUGAUUUUCAGGAGUUAGAACGGCUUUAAUAGGAUUUGGUCUGGCUAUCGUGAUUGCGUAACUCAUUAUAUCAUUUGGUGGUUUAUAUUAAAAUUUUUGGGUAAUGUUAAUUGGUAGGAUUAUUUUUGGUACUGCCUCAGAAAAUCUAUUGAUUGCUUAAACAACAAUUAUAGGAAAAUGGUUUAGAGGGAAAGAACUUUCUACUGCAAUUGGAUAUGUUAUGGCAAUACCUGAAUUUGCAUGCGGAUUGAAUUCGUUUAUUACUCCUAUUAUAUACAAUUCAUUUGGUCAUUUAGCCUAUCCAUUGUUCUUCAGUGCUUUUUUAUGUUUUCUAUCUUUCAUCUGUGGAGUUGCCUUAUGCAUCCUAGAUAAGAAGAAUGAUCAAAAAUAACUGGGUAAUAAUUGCAAUCAAUAAUUUUAGAAUUGAAUCAAGAAGUGCAUACUAAUGAUAAGGUGUCUUUUAGUGAUAUUAAAAAUUUUACUCCUACUUUUUGGACACUUAUUAUUGUAUGUGCUUUAUAAAUAGGGUCUUACACACCCUUUUUAGAUAAUGCAAAUGACUUUUUGCAGUAAAAAUUUGAAUUUACAUAUCUCCAAUCUGGAAGAUUGUUGACUCUAACUUAUUUGGCAGCUUGUAUACAGUUUAUUUAAUUAUUUAGCAAUCUUAAGUCCUCUCAUUGGUCCAUAUGUAGAUUAAGUUGGCAAAAGAAGACUAUUUAUAUUAGCAACAUGUGUUAGUUAUAUUCUUACUCAUUUCCUUUUUGGAAUAAUGAAAUCAAAUCAUGAAGGAAAUCCUAAUUAUGUUUCAAUAAUUCCUCUAAUUUUAUUAGGUUUAUCCUAUUCUAUGUAUUGUUGUAUCAUAAUUCCUACUGUUUAAUAUGCUGUACCAUAGAGAGUAGUUGGUACUGCCUUUGGCUUUGUUGGUAUGUUUACAAACACAGCAAUGACUCUUUUUCCAUUAGUUGCAGCAUAAUUGGUGUAGAAUUCCUUAGAUGCAGAAUAAGGAUAUUCAUUUGUAGGAUAUUUCUAUUGUGGAAUUUCAAUAAUUGGAUUGGGUUUCACUAUUUCACUUUAUUAUUUUGAUACUCAACAUUCUUCUGUUUUAGAUUUUGUGAAUCCAGAAUCACCCAAUACUGAAGAGUAGGAAAUGUUGAAAAGUUAACAAUAGGGUUAGAAGGAAAAGUUGAUAGAGAUUUGA